GCGCCAUCUAGGGAAGGGGAGUGUCAUUCAUAACAUGGCGUUUUGGAGGCUGAAGGUUUCGAACUGUGGACUAUUCCUAUCACAUUUUCCCCGUCGAAGCAGGACGAAGUCGAGGAAGUGCACCCAAUUGUGCCUGUGUGCUUUUUCGAAUGCGGCCUGGAACCACAAGUGCCGAAGUGCGGAAUGGAGCCUGCUGCCCUGGUACUGUUUGCCGGCGCGUGGGAUCCACAGCACGAGCCUCUCGGAACCCGUGGCAGGAGAGGUGACGGUGGUGUACAAGCAGGGUCUCCCCGAGAUCACGGUGCCGCUGCCAUCUCGGCGGCAGAAGUGCCGCUUCACGCUGCGUCCGCUGGGAAGUACCGUGAGCGACUUCAUGAACAGCGUCUGCCGCGAGGACAGGGGCGUCGACCACAUCAGCGUCUGCUCCCCGGACGGGGUCCGGAUUGCUUCCUCUUCGACCAUCGAAUCUCUGCUGAGGGAGAGUUUCUGUCUCACCCUCAACAACCAAGUGUACCUGGUGGAGCCGCCAUCUAUAGAACGGUUGACGACGGAAGAGGCGGAGACGCUGUCCGACCUGAAGGUGCUUGUGGCCAAGCUGUAUGAGAGCCUGACCGUGAGCGAGUUCCAGCUGGAGCAGGAGCGGAGGCUGCUCGACAGGCUUCACCUGAUCAAGGAGCAGAUCGCACCCCUCGAACAGAAGAAGCAGGAGCUGAUGUCUCUCUCUGGGCGCCGCACGACGCUGCUCUCGUGGCUGGGGCUGGGCCUGAUGGGCAUGCAGUUUGGUAUCCUGGCCCGCCUGACCUGGUGGGAGUACUCCUGGGACAUCAUGGAGCCGGUCACCUACUUUAUCACCUAUGGCACCACCAUGGCCAUGUAUGCCUACUUCGUUGUCACCAGGCAGGAUUACCAGCUCCCGGAUGUGAGGGACCGCCAGUUCCUCAUCUCGUUCUACAAGUAUGCCCGCCGGCAAGGCAUGGACGUGGGACGCUACAACCAGCUCCGAGACGAGAUGGCCCAGAUUGAGGAGGACCUUCAGCGCCUCAGGGACCCACUGCAGAAGCACCUGCCCGUGCGGGAGAUUGUCUCCCCACACCGAAAAGAUGUCGCCCAAGGGGAUGGGGGAAGCUAGCCGCUGCCCCUUCGCCCCCUUUCUUCAGUGUGGGGCCUUUCUCCUCUGCCUCCUCUUUUGUUCUGCUUUCCUGCGUUAGCACUUCCGCUUCUUGUUCCUCCUGACGGCCGAGCCAUCUGCAAGGUGCAGACUGGUUUGGAGCUGGGAGGAGAUGAUCCAAUGUUCCAUUUGCAACUGCUCCUCUUCCGGUGGUGUCAUCGACUGCAGUGUACCGAGAGAUGUUCCGAAUUGAGCAAAACUGCACAAAAGAACGGGGUUUACCAACAUGCAUUCUACCGCGGCGGUCUGAAGCCCACUUUGUAGUAGUACUUUGAGGAUGAGUGGUCAAGCACCAACUCUUGGUGGGCUCCAAGAAUGCUUAAUGCAGCUACUCUAGCAAAUGCUAAGACGUGAAGAGAGCUGGAGGGAUUUGUGGUAAAAUGACUCAAAAAGAAAUUGAUGAAGAAUAGGACAAUGCAAACAAAAGAGAUCAUUGUCAUGUUCUUUGUUGUGCUUGUUUCAACUCAUUUCAUUUGAUCUCGCGAGCUAAUGCUCGCUUGCAGCCCUGUUAUAGUGCUUAUCGGGCAAACCUGAGGCUUGCAAGAACGAUUGUAAGCUGGAAAGAAAUAACUCUUUGUGACAGCAACUGCAGUAGCAUAUGCUCACAUGAAUACGAAGACCCUUCAAAGGGUUGAAAGCACAUCGUGGUUGUCACCAUCUGUUGAGGAUGGAGAAUGAUGCAGCAAACAUUGUAGCCCCCUUAAUCUGAAAUCCGUAGGGUGGCUACGCAUGGUCAUCUGAUUUUCGUUUAGGUGUUUCGUGUGAGCGAGUGCUAACUUCUGUCCGAAAAGACAAAACGAAUUGUAUUGAUAGGUUGACAAAGUGUUGCAUAAAACCAGGCUUAGCCUUCCCUGGAGUUGCUCGAACAAAUGUCGUGGUCCGACGGUCUUCCUCGCUCGUUUGUAACAGGUUCUGCGUGGUUAUUGAAAUUUUAUACGUUAUGAUGCCAGUGGAAAAUAAGAAAGUUCAGGCAUUGCACAUCUUACGGACGAUGGUGUUUCAAAGUGCCGCGGAGGAUCAGCAUGUGGUGUACACAGAAAAGUGUGCUUUCUAAAGUAUUGAUGCUGACGUUAUUUGGCAGUGUUACUGUUUUUAUUACUGCAAAAUAUUUACCACUUGUUGGAAACUUGCGCAGAGAAUUAACACUGCUCUAUGUGCAUUUAAUUUGUAUGCUGUUGUUCUUGGGCUAUAAUUGGAUUUCUUGUUUAUUUAUUAUACUCUUCAAACCUUGCGUCAAGAAUUUGUGGGUGUCUAUUCUAAUUUUUCUCUUUUUGUGACUGUCUUAUUGCCUACCUUCAGAGAUCAUCUUUGUCGCUUUUUUUUGUUUGUUUUUAUCACCCCUGCUCGGUAGAAGGCAUAACAAAUUCAGAUGCUCAAGAUGAACCUAGAACAUUGAUCCCUAAUUGGUGAAAUUUGCCACAAACUUCAUUUUGCUAUCUUCCAAUUGACCACAACAUUAUGUAUUUGUCCAUACACUUCCUUACUGUGCCUAAAAAGUGUGUGCCGAUAGGACGUUGCACAUUUGCGAAAAGAAAUUGGUCUUGCGAGAAGGCCUCUUUUUUAAGGGUCAUGGUGUAUCCCAUUAACACACAAGUUUUUUCAUCAUUAGGGCAUAUUGAAAAUGAUCUUUGCAGCUUAAUAUUUCAUAAAUGUUCUGUUAUGCGUCUGGGUAUAAGUGAAGAUCAAUGGGAAAGAUGUGAGAAGGGAAUUAGAGAUCUGGAGUGUUCUCUGUUCAUGAUCGGUUUUGAGCCUGUACUUAACCACUCGUCUGAGCGGGAGGGAUUGUAAGAUGUGAGUGAUAUGCACCAUGCCAAAAGACGAGUUUUGUCUUUCGAGCUGAAGUUUGCUCAUUUUGUUGAAAUGUUUGCUGCCAAGUUCUAUGAGAAACGCUUAACCUCUGCGAUGUCGGCAGAGGUCCUUGCCCGGACACUCCUAUCGGAGAAAUGUUUCUAAGUGUUUGUUGCGAUAGCGACUAGCUUAAUUUUCCAAUUACACUCCGUUUUCCUACCAAGAAUUCAAGAGAUUGUUUGAAAUUCAAUUAUGAGGAAAUGGUGCUUCUGCUGGUUGCAACUGUUUUUGCACCAUUUGGUUCCUACAUCUGAAUGCAUUCACUCCUUCAAACUGAAGGCACCUCAUCCAUCUUUCCAUCUGCUUUGAGUGCCAACAAGACAAUGUGUAAACUUGUCUUUAGAGGUAGUUUUCUUGCAUGACCCUCCUAAUUCUGUUGUUCACUUUACACAAGCACUCUAGCUUGUUUCCACACCAAAGCCGUACACAGCUAUACUUCAACUUAUCAACUAAUGCUGCAGAGUUUUCUUGUUCCAAUGGGAGAGUAAGCUCGAUUCCUAUGCUGUAUCUAGGAAAAAUACGUGGGGUAUUCCUAGUCAAUGAAAAGCCCACCCCUCCAUAUAUUCUACUUAUGAAUUAAAUUUCCAGACUCUAAUGUUGUUAAAUAUAGGAAACCGCAUUCGGUUUCACCAGUAUGAUAUCUCAGAAUGAUACUCCGAAGAAAACACUUUAGGCAAGCGCUCGGUGCAGUAGAGCUGGACAUACUUCGAGUAUACUUUAAUACUGAAACUUACAGAGCGUGAUUGUACUACAUCUGACAAGUCGGGUUUUCCUUAAGGCGAACGCUGCCAAGGGUGAAAAGGGUGCUUCCCUUUUCUCGAUUGCUGCGGGGAAAUGAGCCGCAUUCAAGUAUUUCUCGGUUUUGUGCCCACUGGCCGCUUAUCUACCCUCUCCCCUCAAGUUGAACACUUGUGGGAUGAAGUAUGAAUUCACGGCUGCUCUUGCAAGUAUCGCCGGCUCUACUUUUAUGCUUAGGGGCCGUGCUGCCUCAGCUUGUCGGAUGUCUGAACUGACAUUUUGUUUAAAAAGCACGUGUUGAUGUAAACGUUUUACUGGAAGGAACAUCAGUUGUCGCUUUUGUUGACCAUUACAUGUUGUGGCAUUAGCACUUCGUUGUUUUUGUUGUGUUGGAGCUCACUUCCUCGAGGUACUUUUGCCUGUAAACGACGUACAGUGUACUUAAGUGGGCAAGGGUUGACUUUGGGAACUUUUUGGCGGGAGCGUACUUUCUGAAAACUUGCACGUCGACUUCUACUUUGUCCACAACUGCACUUUUUCCCGUCCCCUUUCCGAGCACUUACCGUAUCCAUCCGCGUCUGCCGACCUCCCAGCGCCUACCUCCCGACCAGAAUAGAUCUGCUGUGCAGACAGCGAAUUAACUUAAUCUAGCAAGCUGAACAAACAGGUCCAGAUAGGAAAGAAUUACAUUUUGUAGGGGAAACAAAUAUAAAGUACCUCUCCUUCACUAGGCUUACUGCAUGCACCAGCAAUUUCGGUGAUGCGGCUAUAGGGUGUUCAUUUUUACUUAUAUAAAGUAUAUACACAGAGCUCUAAUUCAUAUACAAGUCUAUAGACCUUACGGUGAGAGUUUGAAGUUCAUUGUGCAGAACAACUUGGCGAGAUACUUUUUUUAUGGAUGCAAGGGGCGUGACCGCUACAUGAGAGGCAUGAAUCGGCCGUUCAUGAGAGAGCAGUGCAAGUUCACACCAAUGUACUUUUGAUGAUGCGUCUACUACCUCCAAUUUAGCGAAUUUUUGUUGCACAUGUGAAACACGUUUUCUUACGUAGGAAGGCGGCGUGGUAGGCAUGGCAUGAACACCAGGGUUGAAGGUAUCCUGCAUUUCCUCGCCUUCUGCAUCUAACUGGUGGUGGUGUGGACUGUGUUGUUUUGAAGUUUACUGUCAAUCUCAGUUUGUGCGAGUGAGCUUUUCGAAACAAUAAUUAAUAUUUCGUUUACCAUAUGAUUAUAUCUGAGGUUCAAGACCUCCUGAAAGGCCGUCAUACGCUCUUGUUUUUUUGUAGUUCGAUACCCUAUUCAAAAGAACAGCCUGGUGUGUGAAGUCACUCCGACGUUCAUUGAACCGCCGAUAUCUGCAAUUCGAUGCACUCGUGGGCGGUCUUAGAGCGCACUCUGUAUAUAGCCUUGCGCCGAGUUCUCCGGGCUUUGCCAUGAACUUGAAACCUUCCGUUACACAUUCAAAGCAAGCCUGGUUCUCAUCAGCUGAACUGUUUAAAGCCUGCAGAGCUUUGCAGCUGACGUGUCUGAGCUGCACAUUUCCCCCCUGUUUUUCAGACUUUUUUUCCGUUAAAAGCUUGUUAGAAACAGAAGAAUGGGCUUGUGAACUUUUCGAGACGGGACGAUAAUGAUAACCCUCCAGUGCAUUUUUCCUUAACCAUUUUUCUAAACACAAAGAAGAAUAAAGAAUGACAAUAAAAA